CCGGCGAGCAGAUGGUGUUCGGGUGGGCCGCGCCCGGCGCUCCCCUCAACUCCAACCUGAUCAACGUCAUCGGGGCGAGGCCGUACAAUCUGUCGGUGCUCCAGAUCAGCAGCGCCAUCCUGCCGUCCGGAGCCGGGAGCGCAGCGCCGGCGACAACAAAGCCGGCCGCCGCCUCCCCGAAAGCGUCGGCUGCGCCACCGACGACGAAGCCAUCGGACGACAUCCCAGAGGCAACGGCUACAGCGAACACGACUACUCCCGCCGCCCCUGUGGCAGCUCCAAAGGCUGCUCCGACCACCCAGGCGGAGGCCCCGAAAACGAGCCCCGCCGCUCCCGCGACACCUCCAAAGUCCUCGAGCACCACCACAGCUGCCUUGGCACCGAAGUCGAGCUCCGCAACCGCACCAGCUCCAACGAGCGGCGGCGCCACCCCUACCCCUUCGGCGGCUCCAAAGAGCAGCCCUGCCGCACCCGCCACGACCGCAAAGGCUCCCAAAGCUAGCUCCACCACUCCAGUCGGAACUCCGAAGGCUUCUACGCCGGCCUCCUCUGCUGCUCCAAAGGCCAGCGCCGCAUCCCCCGUCGAGGGUCCAAGUGCGAGCGCCGCGGUCGACGCUCCCAAGGGAAGCGCAGGUGCACCAUCUGCAAGUGUCGCAUCACCUUCCUCGCCCACGGCAGAUUCAGAAGGAACUUCUGGUCCGGCCGCGGAGACGACGACACCAAGCUCUUCAGCAGGGCGGGUCGUGGCAGGCGCGGCACUUGGGCUCCUCGUGGGUGCUGCUGUGCUCGGUGCCAUUUGAACGUCGGAGGUUUGGAAGGCAAAGGUCAUAUUGGUUCACCCUUGUCGUCUUUCAUUGGUCCCCUUCAUGCGCCUGCCUGCAUGGUAGGAGGCAUGUUAUCCAUUGUGUCUGCAAGGAAGGCUGUUGAACAAGGAAAUAUAUAUACAGGGUUUGGUUGAUGGAUGGAUCAUAUGGAUGAUAUUUU